UUUGUUUACCUACACAUGUUGCUGCGUACUCUAAAAUACAUUUUAAUUCAAUCAAGUCGAAAAUUUCAUAGGACAGUGAUGGCAAAGAGUAAAUUCGAGUAUGUUAAGUCAUUUGAGGCAGAUGAUAAAAUUUUACAAAAUUGCUGGAUUGUUGUAAGAAUCGACGGGAAGAACUUUCAUAAAUUUGCUAAUACACAUAAUUUUGAGAAGCCUAAUGACAUAAGGAGCUUGAAUCUUAUGAACUUUGCUGCAGGAUGUGUUAUGAAAGAAUUUAAUGAAAUAAUUAUAGCUUAUGGACAGAGUGAUGAAUACUCUUUUGUGUUUCAUCGAACAGCAAACGUCUACAACAGACGAGCAUCAAAAAUUGUAUCGAAUGUUAACAGCCUCUUUACCUCAUCUUUUGUAUUUUACUGGAACCGAUGGUUUGGUGAUCAAAAACUUCAAUAUCCCCCGUGUUUUGAUGCUAGAUAUGUGUUAUAUCCAACAACAGAAAACUUGAAAGACUAUUUGAGCUGGAGACAAGCUGAUGUUCAUAUUAAUAAUCUUUAUAAUACAUGUUUUUGGAACUUGGUGCUUAAAAAAGGAUUAACAAAUGUGGAAGCAGAAGAAAAGCUUCGAGGAACAGUCUCAAGUGAUAAAAAUGAGUUGCUGUUUAGUGAAUUUGGAAUUAAUUACAACAAAUUACCUGCAAUGUAUAGAAAAGGAACUAUUUUACUAACAAAACAGAUUAAAAUUGACGAAAGUAGGACGAGAAAAAUUGCGAUUCCUAUUUAUGAUGACUUAAUUAAAGAGAAAUUCUGGAAGGAACAUGAUGAACUGUUACUAAGAAAAGCUCCAAAAUAUUAUGAAUUUCCAACUGAUUUACAGCCACUUCCAGACUUAGUUAAAGAGCUUUUAAAUGUUUGA